AUGUCUCAACCUCCCACCUCUGUUCCUACACCUACCCCAUCUUCACCCCCUCCACCCUCCGAGUCGUUCCUAUCUGACCUAGAUGGCACUGCACCUUCCAUCCUUGAUACGUCAUUCGGUGAACCAUCUUAUGAUAUAGGAAAAGUAGAUGGGAGAGCGUUGAAUCUUGUCAGCUGGAAAUUGGAUGUCAAUGCCAGGAGCGAAGAUGGAGUUGAAAAGAGGGGUUUUAACGCCAUAUCGACAGUUCUCAACCAUCCUACAAAGAAAGCCGACCCCUUACGGUCCACUCGUAAACCUCUACCACCUUUGCCAUUCACUCCUCCAAUCCUGCAGAAACCUCCGCCCCCUUCCCACUACGAUCCAUACUUGCAAUCUAUCACACCACUAUACGACGCUUUCAUCGCCUCCCAAUCAUCCGCAUCAUCAUCAAAUCCAGAAAUAAUCAAAUCGCCUUCCCUGGGUGAUCUACCUAGUUUGGACGGUAUACCGUCAAUGUUCUUUGAUCCGCAGUUCAACCUCUCAAAUCCCUCGACAUGGUCUGACCUAAUAUCAUCUUCCUCCACUUCUUCCUCUCCUUCAAAUAUCAACUUAAGUUUGGGAGAUAGUUUACCGGAUAAUGUCAAUGAGGGAUUACAGGAUACCCUCUCAACAUACUUAGAUAUCUUAGAACGUCAUCUGAUACUGGAGAUAUCCAAAAAAUCCAAUUCGUUCUUCUCUGCUUUAACCAAUUUACAAGAUUUAAGUUCAGAAUCCAACUCUUGUCUCGACAACAUCAAACAGCUGCAAGAUUCCUUAAAGGACAUAAAUGAGAAGCAAGCACACAAGGGUCUGCAGGUUAUUCAAAAGCAGGAUGGUCUACAUAAUCUGAAGAUUAUAGAUAAAAACUUAGGGUAUAUAAGUGAAUUGAACGAGGAAGUGGGGGUGUUGAAAAGAUUGGUUGAUGAAGAAGAUUGGUCGGGAAGUUUAAGUUAUUUGGAAGAUAUUGUUAAAUGGUGGAAUAAAUUCAAUCCUUCCUCUCAACAGGAAGAACAGGAAGAGAAGGAGAAGGAGAUAUUGGCAUUAUCAAGCUUACCUGCCUUGUCGACCUUACCUACAACGAUAAAUGACUUGACGAGCAGGAUAGCAACCCAGUUGGAAAAUGCCUUGUCGGCUUAUCUUUCGUCGAUACUUUCCAAAGAGGCUGGAGAAGGAUUGGAUAAGUCGGCAUUUGGAACUACUGUCGAACCUAUAUUGACUGGUUUGGUGAGAUGCGGGAAAGUGGAUUUGGUGGAUAACGUAUGGAGAGAUGCGGUUACUAUCAGUAUACGAGAGGGUUCAAGGGAUCAUCUACCAGUUGGACAGCAGGAAGAAGAGGGCAGCGAUAAGCCACCUGAAGCUAGAGGCGCGAGUCUGGCACAAUCAUUACAGUCGAUGGACCAUUCAUCCUUCCUCCUUCUCUCAACGCAGAUGUACGGAUCUUUAAUAUCUAGGAUAAAGCUUUCGCAGGAAGUCGGCGAAGAGAUCAAAAGGCUACUGGAAUCUAUCAUAUCAUUACCCAAAUUAUCAAUAUCGCAAUCCCCUUCAUCCUCUACGCCACCCGCCGAACCUACUAUACCGGACUUGAACAAUGCGAUAGUAUCAGGAUGCGAACUUGCUCAUACACGUGCGUGCAAGAUCUUAGCUGUGAGGGCCGAACAACACGCUUUGUUGGGAUUGGAAGAGUUCGUAGAGAUCUUCAGGAAGAAUUGGGAGUUUAUAUUGAAUACUGAGAAGAUCGCUGGGAAGAUGAUCGUGGGAUUGAGAGGUGUCACAGCUUCGCAGGCGCGAUCAUUCCUCGUUACAUACCAUUCCGUGCGAUUGACCAAAUCCGCCAAGCUGGUUGAAGAAGAACAAUGGACUCAGAUCGAUGUAUUGCCAAAUGUCCAACAUGUCGUUAAUCUCCUCAUUCAGUCGGCCGUAUCUGAUCCCCAGGAAUGUACAAUUCCUCCACCAUCGCAACCCACAGAGAAUGGAGGAGCGGGCGAGGUAUCGACCAAGAAACAGAUUGAUAUCGAAGAUAAGAGUUAUUUUGUCGUUAAAGCUACUUCGGAAAGCCUGGUAUUGCUAGGAGACUAUUUGAAGAUCGUCAUCAAUCUGGAAUUGGUGGUUACCGAUGUGAUGUCUAGGAUCAUUGAGUUCCUAAAGUCAUUCAACUCCCGUACCUGUCAGGUGGUUCUAGGUGCUGGUGCGAUGAGAUCUGCAGGGUUGAAAAAUAUCACAGCCAAACAUCUAGCUCUCGCCUCUCAGUCGCUGUCCAUCAUCAUAUCUCUGAUACCUUACAUACGCGAAUUUGUCAGAAGACACCUCAGUCCUAAACAGGCAGUCAUGUUGACCGAAUUUGAUAAGCUUAAAAGAGAUUAUCAAGAACAUCAGAACGAGAUUCACGCUAAAUUGGUAGCUAUCAUGUCUGAUCGAUUGGCCGUACAUGUCGGAUCAUUACGAGAAAUCGAUUGGGAAGCUACACCGUCCAAAGAUGGUCCAAGACCUUAUGCAGAGAUGUUGGUGAAAGAGACUGCUACUUUACAUAAGGUGUUGUCGAAGUAUCUCGCUGCCACUACAGUAGAUGCCGUAAUGUCAGAAGUCAUCGGUGCAAUCGUACAUCGUCUAAGUGAAGAGUACGGAAAGAUUGAGUUCAAGAGUGAAGAAGCUAAGAAGAGGAUGUUACAAGACGUAGCGUUAAUCUCGAUCCGUCUGACUCCAUUAUCUGAAUCAGGCAAAGAAGUGAGCAAGUUGGAGAAUUUGAUUAAAGAGAAACCUACGCCGCGGAAACCUAUUGGACAGGCCAUGAGUGGGUUCCUGAGGAGGAGCGGAUCUCAGAAAGGUGCAUCGACCGGCGGUGAGGGAGUAGCAGAUGAGCAGGAUCAGAAUGGAGCAGAUGAUGUUGAAGUGGAUGAGGAUGGUGAAGGUCUGACUGAACCUGCUGAAAACCUCGGGAAGGAGGGUGAGACGAAAUCUGACGAGGUGGAAGUGAAGGGGGGGCAAGGCGCCUUGGGUGAAAAGAAGGAAGAUGCGAUUGAUGAAGGGACCGGGACCAUCGCAGCGGAAGAAACGAAGGAACUCCCUGACAACCAGCUUGAGUCUAAUCAACCGACAGGGAAUGCUUCGGAAGUACCACCACUACCGGAGAAAGGAGAUAAGGAAGAAGAACAAGCUCCAGCGAUACCUGCCAAAGAAACGCUUUCGCCUGAACUGCCUGAGAAAGAUAACGACGUAUCAGAACUGCCCCCACCUUCAUCCCCACCACUACCACCUGGUAAAUGA